GCGGGCUCCGCGGGCGCAGCCGGGCCGAAGCGGGGCCGCCGGGAUGCUCAGGGCUCCGGAGCCGCGGCCCGGGGAGGCGAAAGCGGAGGGGGCGGCGCCGCCGACCCCGUCCAAGCCGCUCACGUCCUUCCUCAUCCAGGACAUCCUGCGGGACAGCGCGCAGCGCCGAGGCGGCCACACGAGCAGCCCGAGACAGCGCGACCCGGAGCCUGAGCCAGAGGUAGGACGCGGCCGCGCCAGGGCGCAGAACGACCAGCUGAGCCCCGGGUCCCGCGCCGCGCCGGAGGAGGCCGAGACGCUGGCGGAGACCGAGCCAGAAAGGCACUUGGGGUCUUAUCUGUUGGACUGUGAAAACACUUCAGGCGCCCUUCCAAGGCUUCCCCAAACCCCUAAGCAGCCGCAGAAGCGCUCCCGAGCUGCCUUCUCCCACACUCAGGUGAUCGAGUUGGAGAGGAAGUUCAGCCAUCAGAAGUACCUGUCGGCCCCUGAACGGGCCCACCUGGCGAAGAACCUCAAGCUCACGGAGACCCAAGUGAAGAUAUGGUUCCAGAACAGACGCUAUAAGACUAAGCGAAAGCAGCUCUCCUCGGAGCUGGGAGACUUGGAGAAGCACUCCUCUUUGCCGGCCCUGAAAGAGGAGGCCUUCUCCCGGGCCUCCCUGGUCUCUGUGUAUAACAGCUAUCCUUACUACCCAUACCUGUACUGCGUGGGCAGCUGGAGCCCAGCUUUUUGGUAAUGCCAGCUCAGGUGACAACCAUGUAUGAUCAAAAACUGCCUUCCCCAGGGUGUCUCUAUGAAAAGCACAAGGGGCCGAGGUCAGGGAGCAAGAGGUGUGCACACCAAAGCUAUUGGAGAUUUGCGUGGAAAUCUCAGAUUCUUCACUGGUGAGACAAUGAAACAACAGAGACAGUGAAGGUUUUAAUAUCUAAGUCCUUCCCCCAGUGCAUACUGUAGGUCAUUUUUUUGCUUCUGGCUACCUGUUUGAAGGGGAGAAAGGGAAAAUCAAGUGCUAUUUCCAGCACUUUGUAUGAUUUUGGAUGAGCUGUACACCUGAGGAUUCUGUUCUGCAACUCCAUCCUCCUGUGUCACUGAAUAACAACUCUGAAAGAGCAAACCUAAUGGGAGAAAGGACAACCAGGAUGAGGAUGUCACCAACUGAAUUAACCUUAAGUCCAGAAGCCUCCUGUUGGUCUUGGAAUAUGGCCAAGGCUCUCUCUGUCCCUGUAAAAGAGAGGGGCAAAUAGAGAGUCUCCAAGAGAACGCCCUCAUGCUCAGCACACAUUUGCAUGGGAGGGGGAGAUGGGUGGGAGGAGAUGAAAAUAUCAGCUUCUUCUUCUUCCUUUUUAUUCCUUUUAAAAUGGUAUGCCAACUUAAGUAUUUACAGGGUGGCCCAAAUAGAACAAGAUGCACUCGCUGUGAUUUUAAGACAAGCUGUAUAAACAGAACUCCACUGCCAGAGGUGGGGCUGGGCCAGGAGAAUCUCCGCUUGUCCAAGACAGGGGCCUAAGGAGGGUCUCCACACUGCUGCUAGGGGCUGUUGCGUUUUUUUUUUAUUAGCAGAAAGUGGAAAGGCCUCUUCUCAACUUUUUUCCCUUGGGCUGGAGAAUUUAGAAUCAGAAGUUUCCUGGAGUUUUCAGGCUAUCAUAUAUACUGUAUCCUGAGAGGCAACAUAAUUCUUCCUUCCCUCCUUUUAAAAUUUUUUGUUCCUUUUUGCAGCAAUUACUCAAGGGCUUCAUUUUAGUCCCGAUUUUUAGUCUGGCUGCACCUAACUUAUGCCUCGCUUAUUUAGCCCAAGAUCUGUUCUUUUUUUUUUUUUUUUUUUCCUCUCCCCAAAGCUUUAUCUGUCUUGACUUUUUAAAAAAGUUUGGGGGCAGAUUCUGAAUUGGCUAAAAGACAUGCAUUUUUAAAACUAGCAACUCUUAUUUCUUUCAUUUAAAAAUAUAUAGCAUUAAAUCCCAAAUCCUAUUUAAAGACCUGACAGCUUGAGAAGGUCACUGCUGCAUUUAUAGGACCUUCUGGUGGUUCUGCUGUUACGUUUGUAGUCUGACAAUCCUUGAGAAUCUUUGCAUGCAGAGGAGGUAAGAGGUAUUGGGUUUUCAUAGAGAAGGAAGAACACAGUGCAGAAUGAAGGGCCGGGUUUACUGAGCUGUCCAGUGGAGGGCUCAUGGGCGGGACAUGGAAAAAAGGCAGCCUAGGCCCUGGGGAGCCCAGUCCACUGAGCAAGCAAGGGACUGAGUGAGCCUUUUGCAGGAAAAGGCUAAGAAAAAGGAAACCCAUUUUAAAACCCAACAAGAAACUGUCCAAACGCUUUGGGAACUGUGUUUAUUGCCUACAAUGGGUCCCCAAAAUGGGUAACCUAGACUUCGGAGAGAAUGAGCAGAGAGCAAAGGAGAAAUCUGGCUGUCCUUCCAUUUUCAUUCCAUUAUCUCACGUGACCUGGUAGAGGGGAGACGUUAGAAAAAAAAUGAAACAAUAAAACAAUUACUAAUGAGGUACACUGAGGCCUGGGAGUCUCUUGAUUCCACUACUUAAUUCCGUUUAGUGAGAAACCUUUCAAUUUUCUUUUAUUAAAAGGGCCAAUUUACUGUUGGUGGCAAAAUUGCCAACAUAAGUUGAUAGAAAGUUGGCCAAUUUCCCCCAUUUUCUGUGGUCUGGGCUCCACAUUGAAAUGUUCAAUGCCACGUGCUGCUGACAUUGAACCGGAGCACUAGCCAGCACAAAAGGCAGGGUAGCCUGAAUUGCUUUCUGCUCUUUACAUUUCUUUUAAAAUAAGCAUUUAGUGCUCAGUCCCUACUGAGUACUCUUUCUCUCCCCUCCUCUGAAUUUAAUUCUUUCAACUUGCAAUUUGCAAGGAUUACACAUUUCACUGUGAUGUAUAUUGUGUUGCAAAAAAAAGUGUCUUGGUUUAAAAUUAUUUGGCUUGUGAAUCCAUCUUGCUUUUUCCCCACUGGAACUAGUCAUUAACCCAUCUCUGAACUAGUAGAAAAACAUUUGAAAAGCUAGUCUAUCAGCAUCUGACAGGUGAACCGGAUGGUUAUCAGAACCAUUUCACCCAGACAGCCUGUUUCUAUCCUGUUUAAUAAAUUAGUUUGAGUUCUCUACAUGCAUAACAAACCCUGCUCCAAUCUGUAACAUAAAAGUCUGUCACUUGAAGUUUAGUCAGCACCCCCACCAAACUUUAUUUUUCUAUGUGUUUUUUUGCAACAUAUGAGUGUUUUGAAAAUAAAGUACCUAUGUCUUUAUUAGAU